AUGAAGUUCACUGCGGCCGCCGCUUGCCUCGUGGCAAUGGCCUCGACUGUGGUCAGCGCCUAUCCUGUCACCGGCUCCGUGCUCAACUGCCGCGCCUCGCCGGACACCUCUUCGGCUGUCAAGAAGACCUACAAGAAGGGCGACAACGUCGACAUCAGCUGCCAGACCGAGGGCCCCUCGGUGGAGGGCAACAGCAUCUGGGACAAGACUCAGGACGGCUGCUACGUUGCCGAUUUCUAUGUCAAGACCGGCUCUUCGGGCUACGUCAAGGACAAGUGCCCCGGCACCAAGCCGCCCACCAACCCCCCCGGCGGCAAGAUCCCCGGGCCCAUGGUCAACGACUACCCGUACAAGGGCAAGUGCGGCCCCGUGGACCGCUGGGCUUACUUCGCCUGCCAGUGCACGAGCUUCGUUGCCUGGCGCAUCAAUGAGCGUCUCAACAUCAAGUUCAACAACCACUACAAGGGUCCCAACUGGGGCAACGCCAACACCUGGGACGAGGCUGCGCGCAAGACUGGCGUCAAGGUCAACAAGACUCCCGUCCCCGGCUGCAUCGCUCAGACCAACAAGGGCGGCGGUGGUGCGGGCCAUGUUGCCUGGGUCACCAAGGUCAGCGGCGACAAGGUCACCAUCGAGGAGUACAACUACCGCAACUACAGGGCUUACGGUACCCGCACGGUUCCCAAGAGCACCUUCGAGAACUACAUCCACAUCAAGGUCUAA